AUGUCCCAACCUGACGAGUCGCAGAACGAUGAAGGUGGGGAAGAGUAUGAGGAAGAUUACUAUGAGGAAGAGGAGGGAAAUGAGGGGGAAUAUCACGAUCUCAAAGCUGAGGAUCCCGCGAUCCCAGAAGAAGUAGACCCCAACCAAGAGGACCCGGAGGUGACCAAAUUGAGACAGCAAGUCCUGGACCAAGAGGCCAGGAUUGCCGAACAAAAGGAAGCUACCCAACGGAUGCAAGAGUCCCUCCAAGCCCUGCAAGCUUUCAUAGCCACCCAAGGCUUGGUAGCUAAUCCUCCAAUUGUUCCACCUCCAGGAACACAACCGCCCACUCCGCAGGCUAGAAAUGCUGCGCCCGGAGAUGCGAGGCCGAUUCCUACCCCGGGACAAGCUCCCGCACAGGGCCCGGUUAACCCGUCCCAAGAGAAAGGGAAGGCCAAAGCAAACCCCCAGAGGGAAGUCCCUCUUGUCCAGAAAACCGGGACCCGUCCCUAG